AUGACAGAUGCAAAGACAAUGGAUAUUCAUGAAGCACUAGAUGAAAUUAGAGUACAGAAGGAAAGACUUGAGGAAGAAAUCCGUACCAAGACGGAUCUAUACAAUAACUUGAGAAAAGCUCAAAAUGAACUGGUGACUAAAUUUCAGGAAGCAAAGCUGCAAUCUGAAAAGCAAGCCCUAGAACUGAGUGCCAGGUCUGAGGAGUUAUCUACAUUGAACCAACUCCAUCAGGACCUCAAAUCAAGUUUCCAAGAUAAGGAAUCGUCUCUUAGGCGCCUUAAUUCUGCAAUUGAGAAGCUGCAUCAUGAAUAUGGAGAGAAACUUCAUAAAUUGGAAGGAGAAAACAAAGAGCUUGUCUUGGCCUUAGAUGAAGCAACAUCAACUUCCCAAUCAUUGAAGUCGCAAGUUAAUUCCAGCAACAUGGAGAUUGAAGACCUUAAGAAAAUUCUAUUACUUAAAGAUAAAAAACUACUAGAAACUGCAGACAGGACACAGACAACUAAGGAUCUGACGCAGAGAGACGAGGUGAUAUGUGAACUGGAGGAGAAGCAUAGAGAUGUUCAAGAUCAACUCAAGUGGAAGAAUGAACAGUUUCAACAUCUUGAAGAAGCACAUGAAAGGCUUCAGGAAAAUUUUCGAUCUAGUAAAGCAGAGUGGGAGAGGGAAAAAUCAUUGAUGUUGGAGGAGAUCUGUUCACUUCAAACAAGCUUGGAUUCUCAAACUAGAAUAUCUGAAAACCUUCAGACCCAGCUGAGGAUAUGCAACCAGGCCUUAGCACAUGAAGAGAGCACAAGGAAACUGUUGGAAGUUGAGGUUUCUGAGUACAAAUCUCGUUUUGAGACUAUUUUUUCAGAGUGCCAUGAAGCAAAGGCGGCAAUUGAGAAGUUGUCUCACAAGCGAGAUGAAGAAGUUGCAGAACUAAGAGAUACUUUGGCCACAAAAGAUUCUCAAUCCAAAGAGAUGGGGUAUAAAAUGGCCCACUUGGAACAAGAGAAUCAUGAUCUAACAGCAUCUCUCAGAGAUUUCCAGAAAUCUCAAAUUACUAACUGUGGAACUAAUGGCAUGUUGAAGAAACUUCAAAAGAAAUAUCAAGGGUUGGAACAACUACACAAGAAGUGUACUGAGAAUUUGAAAGACAAAGAAGUUGAGUGGAAAUCUCAAAUAGAAAAGGUGAGGAGAGAGAUGGAUGAGUAUCUAUCAAAACUGAAAGUUCCAAGCGAACAAGUUAAGCAACUACAGGAGGAGUUGGAAUCUUGCCAUUACUUGUCUGAAGUUCAGAACGAAGAAAUAUCUUCAAAAAUUGUUGAGUUGGAGAAAAUAAAACUGUUGGCCGAAAGCCGGAAUAUGCAACUUGAAACAACCCUGGAGGCCUGCGAGACUGAGAAUCAAAGUCUUGUAUGUAGAGCAAACGAGCAAAACGAAAAGAUUGUUGAUUUGCAGCAACAACUUGUGUUACUAGAAACAUUGGUUACAGAACGAACAGAAACAAUAGAAGCACAAAAGCAGGAUAAAAACAAAUAUUUCAAAAUGAUAGAAGAUAAAGAAAGCAGCAUAGAGAAUCUGCUCAUUGUUUCCGAGCAAGAGAAAAAGAGCCUUUUACAGGUUAUAGAAGAGAGAAACCAGAAGAUGGAAGAGCUUGGUGAAGAAGCUAAAGCAUUAGAGAAAGAGAUGACAAAUGCUUUAAUGAGCUCCGAAGAAAAACAGAUCCAGAUUGAUGUUAUAUACCAAGCUUUACACAAACUGGAGAUCGAGGCUUCUGAUUUAUAUCAGAAACUCGAGCUCCAAAAUGAAUCCUUGUUGCAGUCCUCCAAACACACAGAAGAGUUAGAAGCCUUGCUGCAAAUCAAGAAAUUAGAAACCGAAAGCCUCAAGGGGGAGUUUGAAGAGGAGAAAACACGUUUGGAGAGUGUGGUGAAGAAUCUUGAGGUUCAGAACCGUGGUUUACAUGAAGAUAUCAGAAAAAUGUCAUCAGACAGGGAGCAUUUGCUAUUUGAAAUGGAAACAACAUCCAACCAGAUUGGCGAGUUUUCUAAGGAUGACGGAUUAACAAAAAUGCUAGAAAACAUGUUGCAGAAAUCCAGCAUUCCAUGUUCUCCAUUGCAGAAGGGCAAGGAUGAGAUGGUUGAUACAAGAUUGCCACUGGUUGAUCUGAACAAGUAG